AUGGCGAACCUGAAAGUCAACGUUCAAGAGCAUUUCAUGCAGAUGCUCCUUCAGUAUAUCAAUCUGCGGCUCGAUGUGAAGGGACAGAAGCAGCGACUGCCACCGAAAAGCGAUGCACGAAAGGCUUUCUUUGCUUGGCUACGCUACAUGAAGUCAAUUUUCCUUUUUGAUAUCAUGCCCGAGUCGCUUGAUGACUUGACUGCUGAAGAGAAUGAACUUCUAGAAGAGAUUUGGUCCCUUAACAUUCCCCUUUCUGAUGACCAGCCACUCGCAUAUUCCGUUGCUGUAGACCCUCUCGCAUUCUUUCCUGCAUACUGCAAACUCUCUGGGCUGUAUGAACGACAUGGCUUCCGUCGGUUCAGUGCCAUUCCACUACGUCAAUCCCUCAUCCAAAGCCAUGUGCGGAUCGACACCAUCAUCCUCUACUCUCACCUUCUUUGCAUCACGCGACGAGAAGCGGAAACUGUUGAAAAGGUCGAUUUAUGGUUGCGCGUCUGUAAUCUGCGGAACAAGGCUUUUAGAUCUCGUCGUGGAAUGUGUUUUGAAGGCUCGAUCACCACGGAUGGAACCUCGGUGUCUGUAUACCUAAAGCACCCAGAAGCAGCAGACAAGUAUGGAAAGCGCGGAGUGAGAAAGUCAGCAAAGAGUUUAGAGGACGAAGUUAAAGCGCAAUACAUGGAGAAAAACUUACCUGCUUGUCGAGCAGCAGAGAAUGUUGUCGUUAUCGACCCAAACAAGCGCGAUCUUCUCUACUGCCAAGACAGCCUUGGUACUACAUUCCGUUACACCGCAAACCAGCGAGCCAUGGAGACAGGUAGCCGCCGAAUUGCAAGGGAGUGGGAAGCAAUGAAAGCCGGCGGUAUUGACCUCAUAGAAUCACGAAUACCAUCUCACAAGACGAUGAACCUCAUGGACUUUACUCGCUACCUUCUUGUUUGCCGCGCUGAUUGGGAUCAUCGCAAGGAGUUCUACUCCUGUAGCGAACGACUCUGA